AUGCAGUUUGCCCUUGACCGCUUCUGCCUCGCCCAGUUUGAGGAUCCAGCGCACCAAGGGACGCGGCUGCGCUGGGACACGGCGGACCUCGAGCGACGCAUCAACAGCGCGUUUGCAACCGGCGAUUGCGCCCUCGUCGACGGCUAUGCGCCGUUCUGCAAGCACCUCUUUGUGCCCAACUUUACAGACGCACUCGUGAGCACGGCCGCCAUCACGGAGGCCAACAAGGCCCACUUGCGCAGUGCGUACGUGGCGCGCGCCGAGCACGAGCUGCCCGUGCUAGUGCGCUGGUUCCCUGCGGACGUUGUGCCGCCGACGGUCGCGACCUAUCUGGACGUGAUUCUCUACAGCCGGGACCAAAUCCGGCUCGAGAACGCAGCGACAGGGCAUGAGAACGAUCCGAGAAGCGACGCCGCGCCGUGGGGCAUCAUCUACAUCAAGGCGCAGGACGUACCGUACGAGCUGCCCAUGGAUCCGAUCACGAUCCUGCGCAAUGCACUCGGCAAGGAGGAGGGCGGGUCCGGCGUGCCGCUGGACCGCGACGCGUAUCGAGCGUCUGUCGCCUACUGGUCGCAGCACGCAACGAUCCAACACGACGACGCGUAA